AGCAUGUGGUGGUAGCGCAAAGUCAGGGUACCCAGAGCAGGAGCUACCAUGUCACCUCAAAACCCGGAGAUGUUCUGAAACAGUACCCUCCCUCCCUGGAAUCCUCUGUCCACUGGUAACAGUUGUGUCAACCCAGGGAAAGAAGAACCAUGGUUUCACUUCUCUACAGUGUCCGUCUUCAUCUGGAUGAAAAUCUUGAACAGAUGCAGCAAGGAGUGAUGAUGCGUAAGGUGAAGUCCAAGAACUGGAAGAAACAGCGGUACUUCAAACUGCAGGAUGACUGCAUGACCAUUUGGUACAAGUCCAAGAAGACUGGGAAUGCCAAGUCUGCCUUUUCAGUGAGCGAUGUAGAGACUGUGCGUGAGGGACACCAAUCAGAGGUACUGCAGAGUCUAGCUGAGGAAUUCCCACCUGAGCGCUGUUUCACCAUUGUCUUCCAUGGGCGCCGUGGCAACCUGGACCUAAUUGCUGGCUCAGCUGAAGAAGCGCAGUGUUGGAUCCAAGGCCUGCGGCGCCUUGUGGACGUGGUCACUAACAUGGAUCAGAAGGAAAAGAUAGAUCAAUGGAUCUGUGAUUGGUUCCAAAAAGCUGAUAAGGACAAGGAUGGACGCAUGAACUUCAAGGAGGUUCAGCACUUGCUCAGGAUGAUGAACGUGGAAAUGAAUGAAGGCCAUGCUUUCCGGCUCUUCCAGAUGGCUGACAAAUCCAAGACAGGGACACUGGAAGGGGAGGAGUUUGUGCUGUUCUACAAAGCAUUAACUCAGCGAGAUGAGGUGCUCAAGAUCUUCCAGGAGUACUCCAAGGAUGGCAAGAAGCUGACACUGCUGGAGUUUGUGGACUUCUUGGAGCAGGAGCAGAUGGAGAGCAAUGGCAUUGAGGAGUUGGCCAUGGAGCUUAUUGACAGAUACGAGCCAUCUGAGACAGCUAAGGCUCGCCACGUCCUGAGUAUAGAUGGAUUCCUCAUGUACCUGUGCUCGCCAGAUGGCUCCAUCUUCAACCCUGAGCACAGGACGGUCUUCCAGGACAUGUCGCAGUCCCUCUGCCAUUACUUUAUCUCCUCCUCCCACAACACGUACCUGAUGGAGGACCAACUGCGAGGGCAGAGCAGCAUUGAGGGAUAUAUCAGGGCUCUGAAACGUGGCUGCCGGUGCCUAGAAGUGGAUUGCUGGGAUGGGCCUAAUGGGGAGCCAAUUGUCUACCAUGGCCAUACUUUCACCUCCAAGAUUCCCUUCAGGGAAGUAGUGUCAACUCUUGAGAAAUAUGCCUUCCAGGUUUCUGAUUACCCUAUCAUCCUAUCAAUUGAGAAUCACUGCAGCAUAGAGCAGCAGGAUGUCAUGGCACAGCAGCUGAAAGGCAUUCUGGGAGAGCAGCUCCUUGUCACCACCAUUGAUGGGCGAGUCCCUGUGCAAUUGCCUUCCCCUGAGGAACUGAGAGGCAAGAUCAUUCUGAAGGGGAAAAAGAUUGGGUGCCUAGAGGAUUCUUUGAAUGGGCAGCUGGAUGAGGAGCCUGAGGGAGAGGAAUCUGAGGAGGAGGAGGAGGAGCUGGAGUCAGAGGAGGGGGAAAUACUGCGGAAUGAAGCCAAAAAGAAAGAAAAGAAAUCCAAGCAGUCCCUCUCUGAGGAGCUUUCAGCGUGUAUUAUCUACUGCAAGAGUGUGCCCUUCUCUAGCUUCCAACACUCCCGUACCUACUACAAGCCCUAUGAGAUGUCGUCCUUCACAGAAUCCAAGACACGCAAACUCAUCCGAGAGGCUGGUAAUGAAUUUGUCCGCCACAAUGCCUGGCAGCUGACACGGAUCUAUCCCAGUGGGAUCCGGGCCGACUCCUCCAAUUACAACCCCCAGGAGAUGUGGAAUGUGGGGUGCCAGAUGGUGGCCUUGAAUUUUCAGACAGCUGGUACAGAGAUGGACUUGUGUGAUGGGCUCUUCAGUCAAAAUGGCCACUGUGGCUAUGUGUUGAAACCAAGCUUCAUGAGGACUACAGAGACAGUCUUCAGCCCUGACAACCCACAAAGUAGGGGUGACAGUGUGCUGAGCUUAGCCAUUCAGGUGAUAAGUGGACAACAGCUCCCCAAAGUGCCCAACAGCAAAGAAGGCUCCAUAGUCGAUCCACUGGUGCGGGUGGAAAUCCAUGGGGUCCCUGAUGAUAGUGCCAAGCAGGAGACCAAAUACAUAGAAAACAAUGGAUUCAACCCACAGUGGGGUGAGACUCUUCACUUCCAAGUGAGGGUACCAGAGCUGGCACUUCUGCGCUUUGUGGUGGAGGACUAUGACAAGGCAACACGGAAUGACUUUGUGGGGCAGUACACAAUGCCUUUAAAUAGUGUCAAAGCAGGGUACCGCCACAUACACCUUCUUUCCAAGGAUGGCACAGGAAUCCCACCAGCAUCCCUUUUUGUCCACAUCCGGAUUGUAGACUUGUCAACUGAAAUUGACUAGAGCACACUGCUACCCCUCAGAAUGCAACUCUUCCCUCUCCCACCAGUUAGUCUGGAGAAUGUGGGUGAGGGGGAAGGAUGGAGAAGAACAUUGUGGAAGGAUGCCAUAGCACUCUGCUACCUUCUACUGUUCCUAAGAAGAAUUGGACUGAAGAAAAAAGGCUAAUUUGCACUACUAUAUUAUUUAUUUUUUAAAAAUAUAUUUUUUGUAUAAUUUUGCUAUUUUUUUACAUUGUGAUUUGCACAGAUUACCAAACCCUUCAAGAAGACAUACCACCUAAGACUGUUUAUUGCUAUGGUUCAGUUAUUAAAUCUACCUUCACUAUGCACCAAGGACAGGAUAUGUUGCUGUAUCUUUGAAAUAAACUUGUAGCCAGGAAAACACAUCUCUGAUAAUACCAGUGAGCUUUCUUCAGCAACUUCGCCCACUAAACCAAGUCAUCUUUUUGCCUGAAUUCUGCUUCAACAUCUCUCAUUGGGCUAAGGAAGUAAGACUAGUCUGGCUGCAAUCUUUGAAGCAGGGUCAGCCACCGUAUGAUCAAACUGUUUCUGAAAGUGCCUAGACACAUUUCAUGGCACAUGGUGGACAAGCCAAAGGUUUCCAACUGCUGCAAAAGAGUCCCUUUAUAAACCAGAGCAAAAGAGUUAGGAAGAAGUGAUGUGCCUGUGCAUAUGUGCUUUUUCUCCCAUGCAAAUUUGUCUCAACUCUUUAAAAGGCAAGGGAUUUCUCUGUAUUUUUGUUCCAUUUGCAGAUACAUUCUGGCACCCAGUUAGCCGCUCAGUUCACAAAUGCAUGAUUGUUAUUCAAAUGAUAACAUACAUACAUCAUAUAGGCACUACUCAUCAAAAGCCAUGUAUGGAUUUCCUCA